GUAACGUGUAUCUGUCACAGUGUGCUUCCGGUAUAAAGUGUGUGUUGACCAGCCUUCAGCCCUUUUCUCCUGGCUUUCUGGAGGAGCACCCACCGGCUCAGUGUUCAAGCUUUUUUUUUGUUAUUGCCUCCUCUGCCUUACUUCUCUCUUGCGGCGUCAACUGAACAUAUAAACCCGGUGGACAUGGCAUCUGUUUCGGCUCCAUCCCAGACAGCCUCGGCUGCCUCUGCACCUCUCCAGAGGGGGAUAGUUAAGAUGGUCCUAUCGGGCUGCGCUAUCAUCGUCCGGGGUCAGCCUCGAGGUGGUCCGCCCCCGGAGCGUCAGAUCAAUCUCAGUAACAUCCGAGCGGGCGCUAUGGCGAGACGAGCGGCUCAGAGCCAGCCGGACACCAAGGACACUCCAGACGAGCCGUGGGCCUUUCAAGCCAGAGAGUUCCUCAGGAAGAAGCUGAUUGGCAAAGAGGUUUGCUUCAAUGUGGAGAUCAAGACCGCCCUGGGCCGGGAGUACGGCAUGAUCUACUUGGGGAAAGAUAUGAGCGGCGAGAACAUUGCCGAGUCUCUGGUAAUCGAGGGCCUCGCCACAGUGCGGCGGGAAGGAAUCAGAGGGAAUAAUCCUGAUCAGGUCCGACUAUGCGACAUGGAGGACCAGGCCAAGUCUUCCAAGAAGGGCAUGUGGAGCGAAGGUGGCGGCGCGCAAACCGUCCGUGACAUCAAGUACACCAUCGAGAACCCCCGCAACUUUGUUGACUCCUUGCACCAGAAGCCCAUUAACGCCAUCAUCGAGCACGUGCGUGACGGCAGCGUGGUCCGUGCCCUGCUGCUACCCGACUACUAUCUGGUCACCGUCAUGCUGUCUGGAGUCAAGUGUCCCACGUUCAAGCGGGAAGCAGAUGGCACGGAGACGCCGGAGCCUUUUGCGGCCGAGGCCAAGUUCUUCACAGAGUCCCGUCUGCUGCAGAGAGAUGUGCAGAUCAUUCUGGAGAGCUGCCCGAACCAGGUCAUCCUGGGAACUAUCCUGCACCCGAACGGCAACAUAACGGAGCUCCUGCUGAAGGAAGGCUUCGCCCGCUGCGUGGACUGGUCCAUGGCCGUCUACACACAGGGAGCUGAGAAGCUCCGAGCUUCUGAACGUUCUGCUAAGGAGCGUAAAGUGCGUAUCUGGAAGGACUACGUUGCACCCACAGCCAAUUUGGACCAGAAGGACAGACAAUUUGUAGCCAAGGUGAUGCAGGUGGUCAACGCCGACGCCAUGGUGGUCAAGAUGAACUCCGGAGAGUACAAAACCAUCCAUCUGUCCAGCAUUCGCCCCCCCAGGAUUGAGGGAGAGGAGAAGAACAAGGACAAAGACAAGCGAUUCCGUCCGCUCUACGACAUCCCAUACAUGUUCGAGGCCCGCGAGUUCCUCAGGAAGAAACUCAUCGGGAAAAAGGUCAACGUGACGGUGGACUACAUCAGAGCGGCCAGCGGUCCCGGGGAAAGCACCCCGGCCUUCUCGGAACGCACGUGCGCUACCGUCACCAUCGGUGGCAUUAACAUAGCGGAGGCCCUGGUCAGCAAAGGCUUGGCUACCGUCAUCAGGUACCGGCAGGACGACGACCAGCGCUCCUCCCACUACGACGAGCUCCUGGCUGCGGAAGCGCGGGCCAUCAAGAAUGGGAAAGGGCUGCACAGCAAGAAGGAGGUCCCCAUCCACAGAGUGGCAGACAUCUCUGGGGAAACUCAGAAAGCCAAGCAGUUCCUCCCCUUCCUGCAGAGGGCCGGCCGCUCGGAAGCCAUCGUGGAAUACGUCUUCAGCGGUUCCCGCCUCAAGCUCUACAUGCCCAAAGAGACCUGCCUCAUCACCUUCCUCCUGGCCGGUAUCGAAUGUCCGCGCAGUUCCAGGAACACACCCGGAGGGAUGCAGGUGGCCGAGCCUUUCAGCGACGAGGCCAUGCUGUUCACCAAAGAGCUGGUGAUGCAAAGAGAGGUGGAGGUGGAAGUGGAGAGCAUGGACAAAGCCGGCAACUUCAUCGGCUGGCUGCACAUCGAGGGCGUGAACCUGUCCGUGGCGCUGGUGGAGAACGCUCUGUCCAAGGUCCACUUUACGGCCGAGCGUAGCAGCUACUACAAAACGCUGGUGUCAGCGGAGGAGGGGUGCCGGCAAAGGAAGGAGAAGGUGUGGGCCAACUACGAAGACAAGCCCAAGGAGGAGGUGGUGCACGUGUCGGAGGAGAAGGAGCGCGUGGCCAAAUACAAGCCGGUUUACGUGACGGAGAUCACCGACACGCUGCACUUCUACACCCAGGACGUGGAGACAGGAGGCCAGCUGGAGAGUCUGAUGGAGACCAUGAGGGCGGAGAUCGCCACCCAGCCCCCCGUGGAAGGAUCCUACGUCGCACGCCGGGGCGACUACUGCAUAGCCAAGUUUGCCGAUGAUGAAUGGUACAGAGCCCGAGUGGAGAAAGUGGAGUCGCCGGCAAAGGUCCACGUCUUCUACAUCGACUACGGCAACAGAGAAACCGUGUCGUCCACCCGUCUGGCUGCCAUCCCGCCCGCCUUCAGCAUCAGGACCCUGCCAGCUCAGGCCACAGAGUACACCUUCGCCUACAUCCAAGUUCCACAGGACGAGGACGCCCGCGCCGACGUGGUGGACUGCGUGGUGCGCGACAUCCACAACAGCCAGUGCCUGCUCAACGUGGAGUACUCGGGCGCCACCUGCCCGCACGUCACCAUCCAGUUCGGCGACACCAAGGACGACGUGGGCUUGGGCCUGGUCAAGGAGGGCCUGGUCAUGGUGGACGUACGCAAGGAGAAGCACCUCCAGAAGAUGGUGACGGAGUACCUGAACAGUCAAGAAUCCGCCAAGAGUGCCAGGCUCAACAUUUGGCGCUAUGGAGACUUCCGCGCCGACGACGCAGAUGAAUUCGGCUACCGGCGCUAACGAGCGGGAUUGAAUUUUACGGCAAAACAAAACAAGCAAAAAAAAAAAAAAAAAAAAAAACGACCAUCCACAAUCAA